CGAUCAGAUCGUGAUGUCCAACAGCACACAAACCCGAGUCGCUUCUGAGAUCUGGAUCUGACACUGUUUCACGACCAUGAUCAACGCUCGUAAACGCCAUCGAUCCCCAUCGACCUCUUCCGACGAACUCGACCGCUUCCGACGACCCCACCCUCACGCGAACGGGGGGUAUUCGACAAGAGAACCGACGUUAUCUCCAUCUCGUGCUGAUGACACUACCGAUUUGGAUACGAGCGAUGGAGAAUACUUAUCUGCUGGACAUGGAACUGGGCACUGGACGGGGGAAGGCCCGGCGAGGAAACGGAGGAGAGGGGUGUUGAGGAACAAGAUGGAGAAGAUGGGGCUGGUCAACGAGGAGCCGAUCUCUGAGCCCCAGGCGUUUCCUUCGUCUGUCACGACGGGAUGGAACUUGCCCACACAGGAAAACGGGCCCUGGGUACAGCCUACGGCAACGUUGGAUGAUUCUGGUCUUAACCUGCGGGAGACGAGCGCUCGAGACCGAAUCCCGUACGAGGAUCUCGGCAGGGUGGCUUAUCCUACCACGAUCGAGAGCCCACUGGAAGAGACUUCCUCCUGGGGCGAGGCUUCAUCUGCGUCCAUACCUCCACGAGAACGAGUUCAAAGCCGGGACGAAGGGCACGAUGAGGACGACAGCAUGAUGAUGGACCAGAACGAAGUGAACGAUGAUAACGACAACAACGACAUUCGGGGCACCCGACGUAAACGCCAAAAGACAUGGUACGAGCCCGAGAAAGACCGGAUCGUUGUCACCUCCCUAUCCGACUCGGAGGACGACGAUGACGACAACGAGGCGGCCUAUGGGCAGAGGUCGAGGUCUGACCACGGUAAAGUCCGGUCGGACGGAUUGAUCGAUCUGGAUGACGAGGCCGACAUCAUCGAUAUCACCCAUCGACGCGCUGACAGCCCCGAUCGAGAUCAGGAUGGAGGCCUCCUAAGCCGAGCGGCGUACCCUUACGAUAAUGCCAAAAAUGCAGUCAAGGUCGAGGACGACCUCGCUGCUGGACUCGCUACGGGCAAAUUCACCCAACCGGGAGUCAAGGGGUUCACCAUCUCCCCCUCCCUGCUCUCCCGGCUGAAUCAGCUCAAUGAACGUCAACGUGCUGAACUGAGUAUGGGUUUGGGGCUGGGGCGUGGCGGGUGGGACGAUAGUCUAAGGCCCGGAGCUGGAGGGAAGGGAAACGGACGGGGACUGGUACUGUACAAGGCUUUACCGGGAACUAACCCGGGCGCUGUCGGAGGAGGCUAUUCUGUGCGGUCGACUGGAGCGGGGCUGGGGGAGGAGGGAGAUAUGGGUUCGCGAUUCGAGCUCGUACAGGACGACGAUGACGGGGUCGGGAGGGAUGAUGUAACGAUGGAGGGUGGGAUGGAGGUGGAUGACGGGCAGAUGGUGGAACAGGAGCAAGGGCAGCAGAUGGAGAUGGAGGACAUGGAGAUGGGAUAAGGGUUCAAGAGGAGGGUCGACUGAUUGCGGAGAGGUCUCUGCUUUACGUAUACAAACAAAGGUUGUACAAUUCAGAUCAGGCUGGCGACAAUGUCAGCGUCCUUCCAUAAUGCAAUACGCAAGACGAAUGAACAUA